AUGGAGAAGCCCCCUGCCAGGAUUGGGGCCCAGGAUUGUCUCCUGCCCAGGAAGCCCCCGGGGGUCUCGCCUGCCCCCGGACGCGCCCGGGUGAGUUCGCCCCCCGCCCCCGGACCCCGCCGGAUGAGGGCGUCGCCUGCCCCCGGGCGCGCCGGAUGUCCCCCCCAAGGAUCUGGUGGGCAUCAACCAUCAGAAAGACUCCUGCCGAGGACCGCAAGAGGAGAAAAUGGUGGGUGCGGAAUGCCCCCCGAAAGAAAAGUUGGCAUGGGUCUGGUGGGCAAAGGAAAGCUGGAGGAGCUGCCCCCCGCCAGGGGCAUGCCGGGGGAGCUGCCUGCCCGAGGACAUGAGGAGGAGCCGCCUGCCGAAGACAUGCGGAGGAGUGCCUGCUGA